CCUCCGAUAUAAUUUUAAAAAUCAGAAAAGUACGAGACUCUUCAUAUCACACACUGUAAGUCUCUGACAGACUAUUUCAUAGAAUUUACAGUAACACAUUUUAUAAAUCCACCGAGUCACACUACAAAAACUAAGUAAAGUACAGACACUUGUAAAUUAACAAAUUCCAAAACCACAGCGUUCAACAGAACGCAUCUCAAACAUUCUCGCGUUUUUUCUUUAAUGUAUCCUUGUCCACGUCACAUUGAAGCAGAUACCAACAACAUGGCGGAACGGAGGAGGCAUAGAAAGCGAAUUCAGGAGGUUGGUGAACCAACCAAAGAAGAAAAAGCAGUUGCCAAAUAUCUCAGAUUUAACUGUCCCACAAAAUCUACCAACAUGAUGGGCCAAAGAGUGGAUUACUUUAUUGCUUCAAAAGCAGUGGACUGUCUCCUUGACUCAAAGUGGGCAAAAUCGAAGAAAGGAGAAGAAGUUUUAUUUACAACUAGAGAUUCAGUGGUGGAUUAUUGCAACAGACUUCUCAAGAAACAGUUCUUUCAUCGAGCAUUGAAAGUGGUAAAAAUGAAACCAGAAAAGGACACCAAGAAAGAAAAAGAGAAAGGAAAAACUGAUAGUGGAAAAGAAGAUGAGAAGAAAAGCAAGAAGGAGUUAGUAAAGGAAGAGAGAAACAAGAAGGAGAAGGAGAAGAAAAAGGAUACUGAUAAAGAUGAAAGCAAGAAGGAUGAUGCUCCUGGGACACCAAAGAAAAAAAAGGAAACAAAGAGAAGAUUUAAGUUGGAACCACAUGAAGACCAGAUUUUCCUGGAUGGUUCUGAGCUGUACGUGUGGAUUUAUGACCCUGUUCACUUUAAAACUUUUGCCAUGGGGCUGAUACUGGUAAUAGCAGUGAUAGCUGCCACUCUGUUUCCACUUUGGCCAGCAGAGAUGCGAGUUGGUGUUUAUUAUCUUAGUGUUGCAGCAGGAUGUUUUGUUGCUAGUAUUCUCUUUCUUGCAGUUGCACGAUGUAUACUCUUCCUUGUCAUCUGGCUUCUUACUGGUGGCAGACAUCACUUCUGGUUUUUGCCUAACCUUACAGCAGAUGUUGGCUUCAUUGACUCUUUCCGACCACUGUAUACACAUGAAUACAAAGGACCAAAAACAGACUCCAAAAAGGAUGAUGAAAAGUUGGAAUCUGAGAAACAGCAAAAGUCAGACAGCGAGGAGAAAUCAGACGAUGAAAAGGAUAGAACAGAGACUGUGGGUAGCUAUGAAGCUGAUGGGUCUGGUGUGGAAAGACACUCUGACACUGAAAGUGAUCGGCGGGAGGAGGAUGGAUCCCAGCACAGCAAUGGAAAUGGAAACGAUUUUGAAAUGAUUACAAAAGAAGAACUUGAACAGCACACUGAUGAUGAUGAUGAUGAUGAUGAUGACUGUGAAGAGGAGGAGGAAGAGGAUGAGGAAGAGACAGAACCACAGAAGCCUUUACUUAAAAAAUCAUAACUCUCCCCACUCGAGUGGUUUUAGACAAAUUGGGACAAAUGUAUACAGCGACUGGACUUCCUGUGUUGAACUUAAAAAAAUUGCCAGCAUUCUUUGUUUCUUUAAAAUACCACACACAAUUCAUUCCUUAUAUGAAAGACCCACUAACAUAGUUGUAUCUUUAGCAAUGAUACCAGUCAUUGAUAGUCUCAUCUUUGUUGAACAUUUUAGAAAUGUUUGUUCUGUAUUUUUAGAGUUAAUGUUACAGUGACUGUUGCUGAAUAGAGGUAGAAUGCAUGUCUUAAAUGUUCGUAGCUAAAAUAGAGGUCACUAUUCUAAAGCAGUCCUUGGAUAUAAAUGAGCUUCCAGUGACUACUAAAGUUGUGUUAACUAUACUGUUAAUUCUCAUUUCCUCUCCAUACAGGAUGCAUUGCUCUUCAGUUGUGUAAGAAAGUAGAGGUCUGUCUGUGAAAGCACAAUGACCCAUAUUUUGAACUUACUGUUUUUCUCACAUUAUUUGUAUUUUUUGUUGUUUUUCUAGUCUCAUCUGUUAGUUUGCCAACACAGGAAUUCCAAGCACUGAUAUGUUUUCUUUAUUUAAAAAAAAAUUAUAUAUAUAUUGCUACAGUUAGAAGUGACAGGUGAUGGAAAUGUGGAGCAUGUCACAGAAAGUAUUUUUUUAAUUUGUAUGUAGUGUUUUAUCAUUCAGUUGUACGGCCUGGAUUUUUGAGCUCCAUCCUUGCCAGACUCAUCUGGCUGUCAAACUUGCUUUGUCACUACCACCAUCACAGCCAUUUCAAGAAUAUGUUGGCCCACCUGUUUAUACCAACAUCACUGGUGUCUAGUAGCAGAGGCUGAUAUGUUCUUUCCCCUUCCUCUUUCUUGUCAAUAGAUAGUGCAGUGGAAUCAGAUUCUAGUUGUGUAUAUUCAGCAUGGGCACCCAGCUGUGUAAGAUUGUAGCAGCAAAUUUCUUUGCUCCGUGACAUAAAUCCUCCAUGCUUCACGAUGGAUAUUACCAUUGUGUACUAAUGAAGAGUUCUUCAAUUUGGCACAAACUAAUACCAUUCCUGUAUGAACUGUACAGUUUCAAACAGCAUUUUCUCAUGAUAACCUGCUUGGCACCUCUGUCCACAGUCCGUUAGACUGGAUGGACCCAUAAAAUGUCAUCCACUUUGCGUUUAUCCACAGUGGCAUUCAGCACUGGAAUGGGACAGCUUGCCAAGAGUGCAUUUUUAACGAAUGACGUCACUUAAACACCAGCGAUUUGUUAGUGACAUUUACAGAUUUUUAAGCUGCUUUAGAUUUUAUUCCAAACAUUCCAUGUGCUUAGGGAAGGGGAAAUGUCUUGUUUUAAUGUUUAGAACAAGAAGGAUCAUAAUCCUGUUCAAAUAUACUUUCUGUAUGAUUGUUGUACUAUAUUGAAUUGCUUUAUAUGGAAGAGAAAAAGCAGUUGCUUCAUAGAUUGUUCUUGGUUUGUGGUGUGAUUGCUAUUUGCUACUCUGCUGUGUAAAUGUUUACUAAGUCAUAUCAUGUCUGCAGUUUAUGAUGUUCUUUAUGGAUAUUUAAUUAUAGUGAGAAAAUUUUCUAGUUAACUUUGCUGCACCCAUAAUAUUUAUCUGCACACUGAAGGUUUCAACAACUGUAUAGGUUAUUCCAGAGCUUCAGAUUUACUUAUGGAAAAAAGUUCUUGUAGUUAAUAGGCGAGCAAAUAAAGGUCAUGUACUAGUUUUUAGGGGACUUUGAUGUACAUGAGGCCAAGCUAAUAUUGAACCGUUUUUUUCCCCCUAAAAUUUCUUAAAAUUGUUCAUUUUUCCUGCCUGUAGAUUAAAUGUUUGCAGCGCAGCAAAAGAAAUCAGCUGCAUUUUAGGUUGAAUUUGUUUGAAGUAUAUGGGACUCGUAUGAAUUGUUUUAAACCAUAUAAUAUUGCUGGUGCCAAUUUGUGUAACACAUGCCAAGUAAAAAGAGACGGAAACCUAUUGAAGUGUCAAUGAAAGACAUCAGUGCUUUUUGUCAAGGUUUUAAAAAGUAAGUAUUGCAGUUAAGGAUGUAGAUUUGUCAUUUUUUCCAUAUUUUUCAGAAUGCACUGUAAGUACCAAAGAUAAAUGGGCUGCACAGA